AUGGCUCUGACAUUCAGAGGCCGUUCGCGCUCCUACCCCGGAGCUGCCUUGCUUCUUCUCGUAAGCCUGUCGACUCUGGCGAGCGUUUCGCUCACGGUCCCCGCACUGCUACCACAAAUUCCACUGGCGCACGGCGCCUCCGAAAACCCCGUCGAUAGCUCGUCAGAAACCGUGAACAGCACGACUACCACGGUAACUACGGCACUCCCCUCUACCGCCGAGUGCUCUGCACCGGUGCAUAACCGAGCCUGCACGUUAGACCUCGUCGCGGGGCAGACCGGCAAGUUCACAUGCGCUUUCCCUCUGCCGGAUUCGGCUUUUACAAAGGCGUACACCACCGAUGGCUCGGUGGUCAGCAUCACGGAGAUUGUUGCCGGAGCCACCACUUCGAAAACCGGUGCCGAUGCAAGCAUAACGAUUCCUACAACUUUUCAAAGCCGCGCAUGCUUUGCCAUUACCUGUUCCGCCAUGGAUACAACGCCCGUUCAAACCGCCACCGGCACGCCGAACCGCGAGACCGCCCUGAAGAUGGUGAGAUACACUUUGCUGGUGCGUGUCAACAAGGGGACCGCCGAGUGCGCUGACGAACCCGCCCUGUUGCCAAGCUCGCAAUCGAAGUGA